AUGUCGGAAGAAUUUGAUAAUUUUCUAAAUAAAGCAAAAGUUGCUAUUCUUAAAGACAUUUUACGAUCAAUUAACGAAAAAACCGAUGGCACAAAAGCGAUGCUUAAAAUGAGAGUUCAAGACGCAGUUAGAGGUUAUACCAAGGAAGACCUGCAAAAGCUUGCAAAAGAUUUCAUGCCUGAGCGUAACCGCAACGAGUCAGAAUCUUCUGACGAUCAUGGGUCUGAGCUUGAAGGAGAACCACCUGCAGAACAAAGUGAUGACAUCGAUGAAGAGCUAAAUAAUCUGCGAGAAGCAUGCAAGAAGAAAGAAGAGAUUAUUCUACUCAGGCGUAAGCUGAAGCAACUGCAGAUUGAAGACGCCGCUCAUGAAAAUCCAAGUCAAAGGCCACAUGUUUCUAGUAGUUUCAAAGACAUGGAAGACUUAAUGUGUCCAUACAGUGGGGAUGACAACUUUCCAAUUGACAGAUGGGUCGAACAUUUUGAGGAAUAUUCUGAAACCCUCCAUCUGGACGACCGUACCAAGUUCAUUUUCGGAAAAAGGCUCCUUAUUGGAACUGCAAGAAUUUUCAUACGAUCUUUGAAAACUCGAACGUGGACUGAACUGAGAAAUGCUCUAAUGGGUGAGUUUAAACGAAUCGUAACUAAAGCAGAUAUUUUCAGUGAGCUUAAUGCGAGAAAACGACGUCGUGACGAGACCAUACAACAAUAUGUGCUCUCAAUGCAAGAAAUUGCUUCACAUAAUCCGAUCGAGGAGGAGGAUUUAAUCCAAUUUAUAAUCAAGGGCAUAUCUGAUGUGGAGAUUAAUAAGAGUAUUCUCUAUAAUGCCAAUAAUAUCGAAGAACUCAAAAGCGCACUCAGAAAGUACGAGAAAUUUAAGAACAACAGCCGUGAACGUGACAAUUUAACAUACAAGCCUAGUACGACUCAUAAUUAUCGAAACAAGCACAGAAACAUUCCAUUAAAAAAGAAUGUUGAGAGAGAGGCAGUCGAUGCACCUGUUAGCAAUUUCUAUCAAAAAAAAGAAUUCACUUGCUUUAAAUGUGGUACACGUGGUCACAUUGCUAAAAAUUGUUUGAAAGAUAAACCAGUUUUGACACUCAAGGCCAACAGCAUUGAAGAUUACCAACAAAUAUCCAACCAACAAAUUCACCGAGAAGCCAGAGAAAUAUUUAAUCGAGAAAAAAGCAGAUUCCAACAACGAUGCAGCCUAGAAACCAACAAUUUUGAGAAGCAGAUUUCUUAUCGAUUCAUUGAGAGCGGCUUUGAAUGUUCAUCUGUACUCACAACACUCUUGGACUCAGGGAGUCCAAUAAGCUUCAUCAAGGAAAAAUACUUGCCGCCGUCGUUGAUAUUACCUCUGGAUAAAAAUAGUCAGUCAUAUUUUGGAGUCAACAAUAGCCCGCUCCAAGUCUUGGGAAGUGUUAAUACUUUUAUAAUUUUUGAAAAUUUAAACACAAAUUUAUCUCUUUUAGUAGUUGAAAACAAUUCCAUGAGUUAUCCAGCUGUUCUUGGACGAAAUUUCAUCGAUAAAAUUGGUAUGGUGCUUACAAGAUGUGAAACUAAAGGUGAAGGUGAUAUAAACGUAAAUUUGUCGGAGUCACCAAACAACGUCGUGGAGUGUAAUCGUUCAUCAGAUGUAACAUUGUCGUCGUUAAAUCCGUAUCCAGAAACGCAUGUUUGCAUGAAUUUGUCGUCCUCAAGUCAAUGUCAGUGUCCGCAUGUAAGUAAAUUAAGUGAAGAGGUUAACUUUAUUAAACAAAUUUAUAACAUUAACUUAUGUGAUGAAGAAUCAGAGUUAGAUAUUAGGGUUAAUUCAGAUUUGCCAUUUAGUGUUCAAGAAAGUGUUAAAAAUGUAGUCAGACCAGCUUUUGAUACGAGUUUAGAUUGUGUUGUGCCUGAUGAGAAUGAAUUUAAAAUGAGUAUUGUUUUAUCAAAAGAUAUUCCGUUUCAUUGUCCUCCUAGAAGGUUACCAUACUCUCAUAAGAUCGAGCUAGAGAAAAUUCUUAAGGAUCUUUUAAGCAAAGGCAUAAUUCGCGAGUCAAAUUCUCAAUACGCGUCUCCAAUUGUACUCGUUGAAAAGAAAAAUAAAGAGUUUAGGUUAUGUAUUGAUUAUAGGGAACUUAAUAAAAUAACUUUGCGUGAUAAUUAUCCGUUACCCUUAAUUGAAGAUAACAUCGACCGAUUGAAAAAUAAAAAAUACUAUACUACACUAGAUUUGAAAAAUGGGUUUUAUCAUGUUUCACUUGAAGAGGAAUCAAGAAAAUACACAUCAUUUACGACACCUAUUGGACAAUAUGAGUUCACCAAAAUGCCGUUUGGGCUUAAGAACGCCCCCUCUGUUUUCGAGCGUUACAUGAAGCAUUUAUUUGGUAAACUCAUACAGCAAUCAAAAGUGUUGACGUACCUUGAUGACAUCCUCAUCGCGACAGAAACAAUUGAGGAACACAUUGAUAUUUUAAAAGAAGUAGUUAAUAUAGUUGUCACUAAAGGGAAGUUCAUAAAUCAAUUUGCCAACAAAGCUAAACCACUUUAUGAUUUGUUGAGGAAAGAUGCAACAUUUGUCUUUGGUCCAAAAGAAAAAGCCGUUUUUAACCUUUUAAAAAGUAAACUGAUUUCAGCGCCAGUUUUGUCAAUUUAUAGUCCGAAUAGUCCUACGGAACUACACUGCGAUGCCAGCACGCAUGGAUUUGGAGCCGUGUUGUUGCAAAAGCAAAGUGAUGGUAAAUUCCAUCCAGUGUUUUAUUUCUCCAAACGUACGACUGAAGCUGAAAGUAGGUUCCAUAGCUACGAACUCGAAACCUUGUCCAUAGUCUAUGCUCUAAGGCGUUUCCGAAUUUAUUUACUUGGCAUUCCAUUUAAAAUCGUAACGGAUUGCCAAGCUCUUGUUUUAACACUAAACAAAAAAACUUUGAAUCCUCGCAUAUCCCGAUGGGCUCUUGAGUUGCAAGCAUACGACUAUUCUGUGGAGCAUAGAAAGAGUGAUCGAAUGUCUCAUGUUGAUUCUCUCAGUAGAUCUUUUAACAUUUUGCACAUUGAUGACGAAUCCUUUGAGUUUGUACUUGCCGCUGCCCAAAAACAAGAUCCUAAAAUAAUAGCGAUUGCAAGUGAGUUGAUUAAGUCUGAAAGUCCUCACUAUGAUAUGGUUGAUGGAUUGAUAUAUAGGAAAUCAAAAGAUAAUAUACUUUUUUACGUUCCAUCUCACAUGGAAGAGCAAGUAGUCCGGACUCAUCACGAAGCCCUUUGUCAUCUGGGAGUUGACAAGUGCUUUGAGCACAUAUCUCGAAUUUAUUGGUUUCCCCAUAUGAAGGACAAAAUUAGAACCGUUGUCAAAAAUUGCCUUAAAUGCAUCUACUUUUCACCUGAAUCUGGGAAAGCAGAAGGUGUUCUCCAUCCGAUUCCAAAAGGGAACAUACCUUUUGAUACGCUACAUAUAGACCACCUUGGUCCAUUUUCCAACUCGCGUUCCAAUAAAAAACAUAUUUUCGUGAUGAUUGAUGGCUUUACCAAAUUUACUAAGCUUUAUCCAAAUAAAAGUACCUCAAGUAAAGAAGCUAUAGAAUGCUUAAAAUCAUAUUUUGCUAAUUUUUCGAGGCCGAACAGAAUCAUAUCUGACCGCGGGACAUGUUUCACAUCCAAAGAAUUUUCGGAGUUUUUGAAUGACAACAACAUACAGCAUGUCAAGGUUGCAACGCACACCCCUCAAUCUAAUGGUCAGGUGGAAAGGCUUAACCGCAUAAUUACACCAAUGCUUGCAAAGGAAUGUGAAGCGCAUACUACAAUUGAUUGGGACAAGCAUCUUGAAAAGGUUGAGUUCGCCAUAAAUAACAGCGUAAAUAGAAGUACCGGAUUUACACCAAGCACUUUACUUUUUGGUAGAGAUCAGAAAGGAAAAUUUUGCGAUAAAGUUAAAGAGUUUUUGGUAAACAAUUUAGGUUCUGAUAAAAUAAAUUUAGAUGAGAUCAGAAAAGAAGCUGAGGAAAAAAAUGAAAAAGAGCAAUUAAAAAACAAAUUAUACUACGAUAACCGUCAUAAAAGUCCAACGGAAUAUAAGCAAGGAGAUUAUAUCAUGAUUAAGAACAUAGACACUACUCCAGGGACGAACAAAAAACUGUUAGCUAAGUUUCGUGGUCCAUAUGAAAUUAAAAAAGUACUUCCGAAUCAUAGGUAUGCCAUAGGUGAUAUAGAAGGACUACAGUUAACCAGGUUACCGUAUAAGGGUAUAUGUUCUCCUAGUAAUAUGAAAUUAUAUGUGACUCCGAAUAUUGACUUGAAAGGUGAUGAACUUCAUGAAUGUGCUUCUAAAAAUUAA